AACCGUACCAAACAACUUAAAGUUCCCACUUGUCAGCUUGCCAACACAAUAUGCAUCUGGAAUCCACGCGCAUCCCGCUCGAGCGCUGUCCAGACCUCGUCAUCCUCACAGACACGCCAAAAGGAAGAGGCGUUUUUGCUACCAAAUUGAUCACCGCCAAGACCGUGCUAGAUACAUGUCCCGUCUUGAUCUUGGGCAUCGAAGAGAACAAGAGGCAUAUCGAGCAUACGUCGUUAUACCACUACACGUACAACUGGCCCAUAACGGACAAGGAGGGGAAGAAACAGAAAGCACAGGCGGUCAUAUUCGGUCUUGGGUCCAUGUUCAAUCAUUCCUCACACGACCAAAAUGUGGUAUGGGAUCGCGACCUUCUGCGCCAGAUGAUAACGUAUCGCGCAUUAAGAGACAUUCAGCCUGGGGAAGAGCUCUGCAUAUCAUACGGCGACCACCUGACUUUCAAGGAUGCAGAUGCUCCACCUCUGCCCCGACCAGAGGACGAGAUAGAGCAACUCAAUCGAAUACAGCUAGACUAG